AGAUUCUACACAACAAGCUUCACUGCUGCACGAUUCUGCCAAUAUUUGCUGGUUGAAGUCAGCUGAUGUUUUCAAAACAUUGGGUAUUCUCAAAGACACAUGGAUAUAGCAGCCAGACAUGUAAGUAGCUAUUACUCAGAUUAUUACUUAUCAAUGCAUUAUCAAUUUGCAUGGUUAUUAAUGUAUAUUAGUCUUGUCAUAUUUAUUUUUUUUUUUUUUUUUUUUUAACCUUUAUUUAACCAGGUAAGUCAGUUGAGAACAAGUUCUCAUAUGUUUAUUCAUCAUAUCGCAAUAUUAUUCUACAAUUUUUACAACACAUCAUUUUAUUGGUGUAGAAAUAAUACAGAAUAGAACAACCAUUAGUAGGUCAGGUUGAAGGAUCGGCCAGAAGUGUCCAAUAAGACAACCUGCCCUGAAGCUUAUCAGGGCAAGAAAAACUUGUUUUCUCCAAGAAGCUGUUGGAAAACAUCCUCUUGAGACGACGGGCUAGAGACCCUUGCACCCUCACUUCCUAUAGCCUUGCUUCUUCGCUGUCAAUGGCUGUGUUGACAAAAAUGUGUUACUUGGAUCUCUGAACAACACCUCUACAUUUGUACAGAUUUCUUCAACCAGAGACACUGAAAGUACUGCCACAUGUGGCCUUUUAUGGAGCGACCUUUCGUUAUUUUUUCUCUCUCUUUUUAGCACCCAUGGAUUCUGCGAUUGCAAAGCACAGUCCAGAGCUUGUAGCCGGUGAGCGAAGCGGUCAUACGGCUGUAGUUGAGGGAAAUUUCCUGUACGUGUGGGGAGGCUACGUGGUAAGCAAAAACUGUAAAACAGAUGGAACAGUUUGAAGAAAGCCUACUAGCAAAUAUCUUUACAAACACUGUCAAUGGAAAGGCUUGAAUUUAUGUUAAGCGUUUCAAUAUUUCACUAAUAUGUUGUAGGGAUAUGCAAAAUUAUUCAAUGCAGUUAUGCAAUAAAUGUUAAUUUUUUUCCAUACAGUAUUGAUGAAUAUGCAAAGCUAGAAAUUAAGAAUGUAAAGCAAGGUAUUCCAUCUUCCCAUUCAGAAAUCAAAAAAUAGAUUAACUUUUACGUUUGAAUUGUUUUUUCUGCAAUUUAAGAAUGUAUGUAAAGCAAGGUAUUCCAUCUUCCCAUUCAAGAAAUCUAAAAAUAUGAUUAACUUUUACGUGUGAAUUGUUUUCUGCAGUCAAUUGCUGCUGCUGAAGUUUUCCUACCCAAUGAUGAAGUCUGGUUUUAUGAUUUAGAAAGAGGUGUAUGGUAAGAAUAUAAUGUAAUUAUAACUAAUUGUAUUUUUGUAUAUGGGAAGUAUAUAGAUAAACACAUUUCAAAGAUUAUGAAUGAAUAAAUUGAUGUAAUAAAAAAGCUUGGAACCUUGGAAAACUACAGUCUAAACAUCUUUUAAAAAAUCUAGUCUACCCACGAAAAAAAUUAUAUGCAACAAUUUACUCAACGAUUUCACUGAAACCAAUAUAUAAUUAGAUGGCAGACUAUGUAAACACUACAAGUGAUCAUUUUUAAGCUCUGCAUCGCAUGAUCAGUGGUGUUAGGUCUACUGCAUAGUUGCUAGAAUGUUAUUACAUUGACACAGUGGAAUAUUAGUAUUUCGAGAGUUAGGUAAACUUUUAGAAUGUAGAAUUGUGUUCAAAUAAACAUUUCAGGGUGCUAGACAUUCAGGGUGCGGUUGUAAAUUCACUCUAGAGUGUCAGUGUGCGCUCUGGGCGUUCGUAAAUUCGUAGCGUUGUCAGAUUGUCAGUUCAUAUAUUCAGAGCGUUUCGCUCUAAGAGCGGGCACACUGGAUGCUCUGGUCGAGAAGUAGGGUUGAUCCCUUCUUAUUAUGGGUGCGUUUGUAAAUUCACUCUGGCUAUCUACUCCAAUUUCAGAGCACUCUCGUCUAUGAGUGCAGAAUAACUGAUUAAUUUACGAAGGUGCAACACCCGUUGAAUAUGACCGGUGUCAGUAAACGUCGGCAAAAAAAAAAACGUUAUUAAAUUGUUGCCAUAACACAGUUACAGUCACUAACCCUCUUGAUAACAUGAAAACACUAACCAGCUCUGCUAGGGCGAGUAAAAUGGUCAAGAGUGUGGUGCUCUCUCAUAUGUGUCUGGAAGUAGCUAGCAAGCUAGCCAACGUUAGCUUGGGUGCUUUACUGCGGUCGUGAGGUCAGAACGCUCGGAUCAACGCUACUCCUCGGCCAGAGCGUCCAGUAUCUCAAUUUACCAACGGACAAUCUGACAACGCUCUGAAUUUACGAUUAAAUUGACGAACUCACCCUUUACAACGGCAGUCAAGCACCCACGCCAACUGCCUAAAGAGUUGGCUAGCUUGUUACUUCCAGACACAAAUGAGAAAACACCUCACUCUGAACAUUUUACUCGCCCUAGCAGAGCUGGUAGAGCUGCUAGACUGUUGUCAUGUUAUCAAGAGGGUCCAUGACUAACUCUGUGUUACCUGGCAAACAUUUUAUUCCGUUUUUAGUCGAUGUUUACUUACACCUGUCAUAACAACCGAGUUUAGGGCGUUCUUAAAUUCCUCAAUUAUUCUGCGCUCUGGCACUUUUAAACCAGAGCACUCUGAAAUCGGAGUAGGUUGCCAGGGUGAAUUUAUGAACGUACAAUUACAUAUCAUUGUUUAAAUAUUCCCCAUGUAAUUUUAAUGGGGAACUAACAUGGCUAUUGUAGUGUAAUGUAAAUUCAUCAUAAUUCUAAUUGUAGACAUUCAGGGUGCGGUUGUAAAUUCACUCUAGAGUGUAUAGUAUUUAAAAAAAUAUUUGUCAGUUGUAUAGUAUUAAAAAAAAUAUUUGUCAUGUAUUGUUAAUGGGUAGCUAACAUGGCUGCCAUAGAAUGUUGAAGUGUCAUGUAAAUACAUCAUAAUGCAGAAACCGCAUUGGUUCAACUCGCUAAAUACAUCUGGUCAAUUGUAUGCUUUAUGUGCAAUGUGUGUUCUGGAAUGAAUUAGCUGCAGAACUGAAACCCUAAUUUCCCUGUUCUGUUUGUUCUCCAAUCUGAAGGGAAAUGGGCAAGAUGUCUGGAGAGGUCCCACCCCCAAUGUCAGGCACCUGUGGCUGCUCUCUGAAUGGAGACAUGUACAUAUUUGGGGGAUGUAAUGACAACGGACAGACCAAUCAGGUAAACUCAUUCAACAGAAAUAAAGGCUUGAGAGCAUGUAUUCACAAAGUGUCUCAGAGUAGGAGUACUGAUGUAGGAUUCAUUUUUUCCUUUUAGAUCAUAAUGAACAAGAUUACAUGGGCAGGGUGGACCUGAUCCUAGAUCAGAGAUCCCACUCUGAGACACUUGAUGAAUACAAGCCCUGAUGUACAGUACAUUUGCAGGGAUGUGUGAAAAUCCUCAAUAGUUUACAAAACCUUACAUUGUUUUGUUCACAUUUACAUGCUGAAAUGAUCUGUGUUUGCAGCUUUACUGUGUCAAUCUCCUGGAUGGGAAAUACAGCUGGAGGAAAGUGAACCAUAAGAGUGGCUCCACUCCCUCACCCAGAGAUAAGCUCUCUUGUUGGGUUUUCAAUGGCAGGUAAACAUUCUUUAUGUAAAUAGAAAGAUCGGCAGGGUUCAGAUUACACAUUUACUAUUGGGAGUGGUCUAAAGAAAAGAGUGUGCUGGCCCAACUAAAGUCUUUCCUACACUUAUGGAGUUUCCCAGCUCCCCUGUAAUAUGAACCCCAUGUGAUUGGAAGAUGUUUUGGUCAUUCUGUAGUAAUAUGAACCCCAUGUGAUUGGAAGAUGUUUUGGUUAUUCUGUAGUAAUAUGAACCCUGUGUGAUUGGAAGAUGUUUUGGUCAUUCUGUAGUAAUAUGAACCCCGUGUGAUUGGAAGAUGUUUUGGUCAUUCUGUAGUAAUAUGAACCCUGUGUGAUUGGAAGAUGUUUUGGUCAUUCUGUAGUAAUAUGAACCCCGUGUGAUUGGAAGAUGUUUUGGUCAUUCUGUAGUAAUAUGAACCCCAUGUGAUUGGAAGAUGUUUUGGUCAUUCUGUAGUAAUAUGAACCCCAUGUGAUUGGAAGAUGUUUUGGUCAUUCUGUAGUAAUAUGAACCCCGUGUGAUUGGAAGAUGUUUUGGUCAUUCUGUAGUAAUAUGAACCCCAUGUGAUUGGAAGAUGUUUUUGUCAUUCUGUAGUAAUAUGAACCCCGUGUGAUUGGAAGAUGUUUUGGUCAUUCUGUAGUAAUAUGAACCCUGUGUGAUUGGAAGAUGUUUUGGUCAUUCUGUAGUAAUAUGAACCCUGUGUGAUUGGAAGAUGUUUUGGUCAUUCUGUAGUAAUAUGAACCCUGUGUGAUUGGAAGAUGUUUUGGUCAUUCUGUAGUAAUAUGAACCCCAUGUGAUUGGAAGAUGUUUUGGUCAUUCUGUAGUAAUAUGAACCCUGUGUGAUUGGAAGAUGUUUUGGUCAUUCUGUAGUAAUAUGAACCCUGUGUGAUUGGAAGAUGUUUUGUUCAUUCUGUAGUAAUAUGAACCCUGUGUGAUUGGAAGAUGUUUUGGUCAUUCUGUAGUAAUAUGAACCCUGUGUGAUUGGAAGAUGUUUUGGUCAUUCUGUAGACUCAUCUACUUUGCUGGAUAUGGUCAUAAGCAACUUGAUGACAUCCGUAACAACAGAAGCUUCCUGAUGGAUGAGGCAUCAACGUUAAGGGUAAUUUUUCUUCUGGGUGCAAUUAUGUCCAAAGGUAUACAUUCAUUUACUAUUAACUUUCCUUAUUGUAUGGAUUAGUAAUAUUGUGCUUUGUAGGUGGAUGACAUCUAUUGGGGAUGGAACAAUGAAGUCCAUAUGUUUGACCCAACAUCGGCCAGUUGGAGUGAACCACAUACCAGUGUAUUACGGACAUUAAAUUGUGUUUACAUACAAAAUAAAGCAAUUCAUUCAGUGGAUAUACAAAGACAUGGUGUUGUCAUAGCAUAUUAUUAACAGUAUAGCAGAUAAGGCAAGACACUUAAAAUAUGAUAGUUUCUUUGUGGAUAUCUAGCUACACUGUAAAUGUUGUUUUUGUCUACAGGGUCGUGCCCCUGACCCCAGAGCUGCCCAUGCCAGUGCAACACUUGGCCACAAAGGAUACGUAUGUGGGGGCAGAAUAAGGGUGAGAUGAUUCAUCCCAACUCCUCUCCAUGGUUGCAUUGACACAGACACAGACACCCUAAAGUGAUACAACGAUUCAUGAGAUUGUGUCUCCUACUGGACAUACAAGUUUAAUGAAACAUAGGACAUUUUACUCUUUUUUUUUUUUUUUUGCGCUGGUUUGGAAUAAGAUCUUCUGUUUUUCUUUUCACUUUUAGGAAUCCAGGACAAGUGACAUUCAUUGUCUAGAUCUAGAAUCAUGGACAUGGUCUGAAAUGUAGGUAUUUACAGUUCACUCUUUCAAAUGCUCAACUUAAAAUGGUUACUGUCCGAAACUAUACUGUUAUCACAUCAUGCUUGAUUAUUUUUUUUUUUAAUCUGUUCUUUCAAAAUGGCUUUUCCAGAGUACCAGCAUCCACUGUGCCAAUGGGAAGGUCGUGGCACACCCUCACUGCAGUAUCUGAUAGCGCUUUGUUUCUAUUUGGAGGACUGGGUAUAGACUGCGAACCAAUGAGUAAGUCAUUUACCCGUGCAGGUUCCCAAUCCUACCUCUGUACCUUAUGUUCCAUGGAAACGUGGCAUUAUUUGGUUUUCUAAAAAAAAAUUGUUUUAUCUCCAGGUGAUGGCUGGGCAUUUGAUGUUGAGACAAAGAAAUGGAGAGCGCUUGAGCAUCCAUACAUGAACAAACCAAGGUAGUGUAUGUUUAAUGACAGUUAAAUGACUUAAAUUAUAUCAGAAAGUAUUUCAUUUUCCAAUCUGAGGAAUGUACCUAAAAUGUGCAAAUGAUAAAACGGUUAACACAUUGUCUGACUCAGAGUGAAUUAUAGGAUCUCUAUGUAAUUCUAUGAUAUGGGCCUCAUUUCCCAGAGCUUUCGUAGCGUUAGUGUUUCCUAGAGCCUUCGUUAGUAACGUGGCCCUUAAAAACCUUUGCACAUCAAGUGAUCCAGACCACUCGUAGAGCAGCCAAAGUGCAUCGUUAGAAGAUCUCUGCUAAACAUCAAGAUGUUUAGGCUGUCUGACUGUGACUGCCGAGAACUUCAGAACGAAGUUGACUACAAAUAGGAAAGUUCCCAAAGUAUUUGCAAUUGUUACAAACAAGUGAAGGAUACAAUUAUGUUUCAAAUGUAAACCAAGAUGACUGCAUUAAAAUAUACUUAGGCUACAUGGGCCUAUAAAGGCUAUUUCAAUCAUAUUGAAAUCAAUUUAAUGUUCAAUCAAUUUAGUUAUAUUUUGCGACUUAGCUACUGUCUGUAAAAUUGUUUUGCCUAAAUGUGUUUCAUGAUGUGCGCAAUGACGUGGCCAAUCUGUGAUUUAGUGCAUUAUUAUUGGGUUAGCAUAAUAAGACUCCUCAAUAGCCUAUUUGCAGCCAUAGGUGGUAGGCUAAUAUCUCUCUAGCAGCGGAUCUGUUGUCAGUAUUGUGGAGUAGUUAUAAUGUUAAGGUAAGAUUUGAAUGGAGAAAACGGAUCCUGUCAGGAUCUGGUCUAACGGCGCACUUUACGAACGUUCUCUCUACGUGCUUGUUUGGGAAACACUUCAAAAGUUGGCUCGUAAAUAACGAUGCACCUGGGCCUAUUUAAAAAAAAAAUUGGGGGGGGGGGUAGAUUGUAACUUCCAUCAAUGUAAUUGUCUGCAUCACUUCCAAUCCCCCAUGUUUUUUAUAUAUAUACUCCCCUUUAUUACUUUUCAACCCCGCCAUCCUUUCCCUACUUGGGGUAAAUUAGUGAACAACAAUGCCCAGGCCUCUACUUCCGGUCUAUACUUACUAUCUACACCUUAUGGACACAGUCAAUUUUACAAUAAUUAUAUUUUAUUUGUUUUUGCUCCUGAACUUCUUCUACUCUCAACCUCUCCGAUCAUUUUCAUGAUGUCCAUUCGGUUUGCCAUAAGAUAUGCCAUAUCUUUCUAACUGUGCUCUUUCCCAAAAUCUCCCAACAUACAACCUAUAUACUUAUUAUGGACACAGUAUGCUUACAUUAUUAGUUAUCUUGUUAUUAUUUGUUGUUAUUUGUUAUUAGUCCCAUCCUUCAACUCCAUUCAAUACCUCCCAUCUAUCUCUUAACACCAUCCAUAUAGGAUUUCUAUUUGCCAUAUAUAUUUCAACCGUACUGUGAUGUUUUACAAAAGUUCUGAACCUUUCUAUUCUCAUUGCUUCUACAGAUUGUGAAUUAAAAAUAAACAUUUUUGCUAAAAGUAUUAUUAUAUUAUUGAUCGAUUGACUAUGACUUUUCAGAUCACCCAGUAAUGCUAUCUGCAAGGUUAGCUCCAGGUAAAUAUUGCAAUCCUUUAGCCAUUCCUGGACCUGUGUCCAAAAACAAACUACAAAUGGACAGAACCAAAACAAAAAUAACUCUUCCCACCUAUUUUGCAAUCUAUAUGGGACGGCUGUCAAUCCUUUGGUCCUUAAGUGAAACUGAUAUACUUUUUUAUUUAUCACAGUUUUCCUUAACCAAUUAUGUUCUUUAAUGCAAGGCCGACAGACAAGUUCCUUACUUUCUCCCCCUUCCACUUUCCUCUUCCACUUUUGCGGUAAGGCUGCAAUUAUUUCGUUGUAAUUUUGGGUAGAACAGACAUUUCCAUAUGUUUUUGUUAGCUGCAUGUGCGACAUAACUCCACCAGUCCUACCGAUGAUAUCAUUUACGAAGAUUAUACCUUUUUUAAACAUUCUGUCAAAAAAUAAAGUUUUUUUGUCAAUUAGUAUAUUUCAAUUUAACCACAAUAUUUGUUGCAUUAUUUGUUCUGUCGUUUCUGGAGGAUUAAAUUGAAAUUGCAACCAACUUUCUAUGGCUUGUUUUAGAAAUAGUGAUAUUUGGGAGAUGAUUUCCUUUUCAAAUAACUGAAAAUGAGUGGUUGUAAUCUGAAUAAAGGGAAAAAGGCCAUUCUUGAACAUUGGGUGAGACAAUCUUAGUAAUUUGCUUGAGCUUGGCCUAGUUUCCCAAUAGCGAUGUAACCUAGGCUUAAGAGUGUUAACAAUGCAGCUUUCCUACAACGGUCGAAGAUGUAACAUGCGUUUCCCAAAACACCUCGCAGAGAGUGCGCGUCGUUGAGCCAUGUGUCGAUGCUGAUAGGAUGGAAAGAAAGCCAGCGCUGCUCUCUGGUCAGCUUUCCCCAUUCAACUUUGACCUAAACAUUGGAAUUAUUCCACAGUACGGACGACGGAUCAGCUCCGUCCCAUGGCUGCAAAUAUUGAGGUGGCUUAUUCUAAUGCUUACCCUAUUAAAUACAUUAAUUCAAGAUUUGACAGAUCAUUGAGCGCAUGUUAGGCUACACAUCAUUAAAUAUAUUUAAGCAAAAAGUAGACAGUAGCCAAAUACAUCCCAAUUGAAUGAACAUGAAAUUGAUUAAAAUAUUAUUUAAAUAUAGAGUGCCUUCAGAAAGUAUUCAUACCCCUUGACUUAUUCCACAUUUUGUUGUGUUACAGACUGAAUUCAAAAUUGAUUAAAUAUAUUUUCCUCAUCCAUCUACACACAAUAACCCAUAAUGACAAAGUGAAAACAUGUUUUUAGAAAAUGUUGCAACAUAUACAGUGAGGGAAAAAAGUAUUUGAUCCCCUGCUGAUUUUGUAUGUUGCCCACUGACAAAGAAAUGAUCAGUCUAUAAUUUUAAUGGUAGGUUUAUUUGAACAGUGAGAGACAGAAUAACAACAAAAAAUCCAGAAAAACGCAUGUCAAAAAUGUUAUAAAUUGAUUUGCAUUUUAAUGAGGGAAAUAAGUAUUUAAAUAUAAUAUAAUAUAAAUAGUAUUUGACCCCCUCUCAAUCAGAAAAAUGUCUGGCUCCCAGGUGUCUUUUAUACAGGUAACGAGCUGAGAUUAGGAGCACACUCUUAAAGGGUAGGUAGGGGUAAAGUGACUAUGCAUUGAUAAUAAACAGCGAGUAGCAGCACUGUAAAAACAAAAGGGGGGGUUCAAUGCAAAUAGUCCGGGUGGCCAUUUGAUUAAUUGUUCAGCAGUCUUAUGGCUUGGGGGUAGAAGCUGUUAAGGAGCCUUUUGGACCUAGACUUGGCGCUCCGGUACCACUUGCCGUGCGGUAGCAGAGAGAACAGUCUAUGACUUAGGUGACUGGAGUCUUUGACAGUUUUUGGCCUUGCAAUGGACCAUUGAAAAAAAAACAUUUGUAAAGGUUUAUAUGUCUUUGAGCAUCUUACUUGAGAAAUAAGCUGCCAAAAGGGUUAUCAUUGAAUGAAUUGUAGAUCCGUGGCUGGCUCAAGAGCUAAAGAAGAGUUAUAAACCUUCACAUUUAUGCAACUACUGAGGUGCAAUCCAUGGCCUUAGUAAUGAAAGAUAUUAUUUUGGAUCACUUGUUCCCAUCCAAUUUUUAUCUAAAUUUGCAAAACAGUUUUACCCACUGUCCCUCUUCCAUUGUUUGGAUUUUUUGGCGAAUCAUUUUUGUAAUGUAUUUGGAGAAAUUCAAUAUAGGGGAAGGCUUUUGUUCUACUCAAAGUCCUAUGAUAAUUUUAACACCUGAACAAGGUUUCUUCAACAAUUGUCAAUUAGGACUGUGCAAUUAGUUUUUUGAACAAUCAUUUGGUCAAAUUUGUUAAUAAGUGAAUGUGUCAGGGUUAUUAAAUUAAUUCUUGUUUAACCCAUAGGCUUCUUGUAAACUAUGUUAGGUGUUAAUCUUUUAAAGUAUGGUAGGGUAUAUAACUAGGGAAAAAUAAGCAUUCUUAAAUUGGUGACAAUGUACUAUUUCUUAGCUCACGGCCUACUUUCCGGAAGCAUGUAAACCCUCGCUUUUAGUGUUAAUUAGCGCUUUCUACAGCUAUUUUGAACCUGUAUUUUUUCAAGAACAUCUUGGUAAGAUUGAAUAGUUGACUUAUGUCCUGCUGAUUGGUGCAAGGCACACCGACUCUGUUCACUUCUUCCCGCAUUCUAAUUGACCUAAAUGAAUUAUUCCGUAAGGAAAGGUAAUUUCCCAUGGCUGCAAUUUGAGGGCCUAUUUAAUUAACCCUAUUUUAAAUAUUCAAAUAGAUUCAUGAAGUAUUGAUGGUUUAGUAAAUGCAUUAAUCAAUUUGAGCAAAAAGUAGACGAGCCAAUAACCCAAUGAUGUAACAUAAAUGGAUAAAAAGGGAAAUAAAAUUUCUAGGAAGGUCAUACCUGACCCUUUCAUUUCAAAUUUUGUGUUACAACUGAAUCAAAUUGAUACAAUAUUCAUAGCAUCUACAAUAUACCAUAUUACAGAUGAAACAUUUCUUGAACAAGUUGAAUAUUACGGAGGGAAAAGAAUAUCCCCUGCUAUGUGUAUUACCACCAAAGAAAUGAUCAUCAUAAUUUUAAUGGUGUUUAUUGAACUGAUAACAUAUAACAAAAAAUCCAAAAAGACAUAAAAAUGUUAUAAUUGAUUUGCAUUUAAUAGGAAAUUAGUUUGACCCUUCAAUAAAAGAUGCUGUUGUGCAAUACAAAUACAAAUUUGAUUGGACAUGAUUGCAAAGUGGGACAAGGAUGUAACUACAACCGUGGAAAAAGGGGUUAAAAUAAAAUAAAGUUACAUUGCAAUGGAAACCAGGCCUGACCUUAAAGUCUCAGUUUAUUACUUUCGCACCUCAUGGUUGUGGCACCACAAGCAUGCCAAGGGAAGGACUCUGAUGUCAUUGUUUUUGGGGGUAGUUGCGACUACAUCCUCCUUGUAGACACAGUAAGUAUUACGGAAGCCACUUUAGAAUAAUUGUAAUUGUAUGGAAACCACACAGGGAACUUAUCAAAUCAUUCAAUGGUGAAGGUGCAUAAAGAUGACAGCCCCCAUAUACAUUUAAAAAACAUUUUUAGUCAUUUAGCAGACGCUCUUAUCCAGAGUGACUUACAGUUAGUGAGUGCGUAAAUUUUUUCAUUCUGGUCCCCCGUGGGAAACGAACCACAACCCUGGCAUUUCAAGCGCCAUGCUCUACCAACUGAGCUAAAACGGGACUACGUAUACUUACCACAAAUGCCUCGUUUGCUCAGUUCGCCGUUACUCUUUUUUUGUAUCGGCAUUAGCGCAGUAUACAUGAUCCCAAUUCUAGCUCCAAGACAGCUGCAAUUUGAAAAAAAAAAACGAGUAGAUUAGAUAGUAGAUUUUGCUGAUUUAUAGGCACAGUAGUUUAGGAACUCUGUGGAUAGUGCUAAAACAAUGAUGUAAUACACUAUAUAUACAAAAGUAUGUGGACACUCCUUCAAAUUUGUGGAUUCGGCUAUUUCAGCCACACCCGUUGCUGACAGGUGUAUAAAAUUGAGCACACCACCAUGCAAUCUCCAUAGACAAACAUGGCCUUACUGAAGAGCUCAGUGACAUAGAACUUGGCACCGUCAUAGGAUGCCACCUUUCCAACAAGUCAGUUCAAUUUCUGCCCUGCUAGAGCUGCCCCGGUCAACUGUAAGUGCUGUUAUUGUGAAGUGGAAACAUCUAGGAGCAACAACGGCUCAGCGGCAAAGUGGUAGGCCACACAAGCUCACAGAACGGGACCACCGAGUGCUGAAGCGCGUAGCACUUCAAAAUCGUCUGUCCUCGGUUGCAACACCUCACUACCAAGUUCCAAACUGCCUCUGGAAGCAACGUCAGCACAAUAACUGUUCGUCGGGAGCUUCAUGAAAUGGGUUUCCAUGGCCGAGCAGCCGACAUUUGACCUGUGUUUUAUGUUCUGUCCUACUGUUUUGGAAUAUUUUAUUCUGUACAGGCUUACUUCUUUCAUGUCAAUUAGGUUAGUAUUGUGAGUAACUACAAUGUUGUUGAUCCAUCCUAAAUUCUCAUAUCACACCCAUUAACCUCUGUAACUGUUUUAAAGUCACCAUUGGUAAACAGUACUCCCCACUUGGUAAACAGUUCGACCACAUCAUUAAAAAACACUGGUACAUCUUGAGCACUGAUCCAUAACUAGAAAAUAUGUUUAAAGAACCCCUGCGGGUAGUCUUCAGACGCGCCCCAACAUCAGUCAAAUGGUGGUGAGGUCCGAUCUUCCACCAGUGCCACGCAGUACCUUUCUAGACAAUGUUCCUGACGGUAACUAUAGAUGUGGCGGAUGUACCCAGUGUAACUUCACGAACAAAUGUACAAUGUUCAAUCACCCUAUUACGGGCAAGGCCAUUAAGAUUAAGGGCAUCAUUACAUGUUCCACAUAAAAUUUGAUAUACCUGAUCCAGUGUAUUUGUGGCCUAUGCUAUGUAGGAAAAACAAAACGAGCUCUGAAAACAAGGAGUAAUAUCAGGACCCUUGACCAGAGAAACCCUGUGGCUGCGCAUUUCAUGGUGGCUCGUCACAACAUUAGCUCUUUGAGAUACAUUGGCAUCGAACAUGUUAAGACUCCCAGGAGGGGUGGAGAUACUGAUAAUCUAUUAUUGAGAAGAGAAUUGUAUUGGAUUCACCGUUUGUGUACCAUGUCUCCUAGAGGUCUGAACCAAGAGUUUGAUAUCAGACCAUUUCUUACAUGAAUAUGUCACUUUACUUUGAUUUGUCUUGCCUUCCAGGUCACCCACUUGGUCAUUUUGUAAAUAUAUAUUAUUUUCUGGAACCACUACAUGUACCCAUCUCACUGUUAUUAAAUUAUUAGAGAUUAUUAGACACAGAUGUUUUUUGCACCCACCAUGCGUCAUGUCCGCAAUGGUCAUGUGAGGUAAAAUUUGUAUAUUUUGGGACGUGAGAACUCAGUUUGUUUGACCUGACGAAGAUCAGUUUUGGAUCGAAACGUUGUCAAUAAAGCGGUGAAUUGGGCGCUUUCUUGUUCUAUAAAAGUCACCAUUGGCCUCAUGGUGAAAUCCCUGAACGGUUUCCUUCCUCUCCGGCAACUGAGUUAGGAAGGCUGCCUGUAUCUUUGUAGUGACUGUGUAUUCAUACACCAUCCAAAGUUAAAUUAAUAACUUCACCAUGAUCAGAGGGAUAUUCAAUGUCUGCUUUUUUUUUUUUUUUACCCAUAGGUGCUCUUCUUUGCGAGGCAUUGUAAAACCUCCCUGGUCUUUGUGGUUGAAUCUGUGUUUGAAAUGUACUGCUUGACUGAGGGACCUUACAGAUAUUUGUAUGUGUGGGGUACAGAGAUUAGUUAAUCAUUUAAAAAAUAAUGUGAUUAUUACCUCGACUAGCCGGUGCACCCGCACAUCGACUCUGCACCGGUACCCACCUGUAUAUAGCCUCCCUACUGUUAUUUUAUUUUACUGCUGCUCUUUAGUUAUUUGCUUUUAUUUUUUUUGCUUAACACUUUUUUUUCUUUUUUUUUUAACUUUGCAUUGUUGGUUAAGGACUUGUAAAUAAGCAUUUCACUGUAAUGUCUACACCUGUUGUAUUCGGUGCAUGUGGCAAAUACAAUUUGAUUUGAUUUGAGUUGCAGCGAUAGGACAAGACUGUAACUACAAACUGGGGAGAAAAAGGGGUAAAAUAAAAAUAAAGUUACAUUGCAACUGGGAAACCAGGCCCUGACCUUUAAAAGUCUCCAUUUUAUUUACUUUCCACCCUCAGGUUGUGGCACACAGCAUGCCAAGGGAAGGACUCUGAUGUCAUUGUUUUUGGUGGUAGUUGCGACUACAUCCUCCUUGUAGACACAGUAAGUAUUACGGAAGCCACUUUAGAAUAAUUGUAAUUGUAUGGAAACCACACAGGGAACUUAUCAAAUCAUUCAAUGGUGAAGGUGCAUAAAGAUGACAGCCCUCAUAUACAUUUUUUAAAACAUUUUUAGUCAUUUAGCAGACGCUCUUAUCCAGAGUGACUUACAGUUAGUGAGUGCGUACAUUUUUUCAUUCUGGUCCCCCGUGGGAAACGAACCCACAACCCUGGCAUUGCAAGCGCCAUGCUCUACCAACUGAGCUACACGGGACUACGUAUACUUACCACAAAUGCCUCGUUUGCUCAGUUCGCCGUUACUCUUUUUUUGUAUCGGCAUUAGCGCAGUAUACAUGAUCCCAAUUCUAGCUCCAAGACAGCUGCAAUUUGAAGAAAAAAAACGAGUAGAUUAGAUAGUAGAUUUUGCUGAUUUAUAGGCACAGUAGUUUAGGAACUCUGUGGAUAGUGCUAAAAACAAUGAUGUAAUACACUAUAUAUACAAAAGUAUGUGGACACUCCUUCAAAUUUGUGGAUUUGGCUAUUUCAGCCACACCCGUUGCUGACAGGUGUAUAAAAUUGAGCACACCACCAUGCAAUCUCCAUAGACAAACAUGGCCUUACUGAAGAGCUCAGUGACUUAGAACUUGGCACCGUCAUAGGAUGCCACCUUUCCAACAAGUCAGUUCAAUUUCUGCCCUGCUAGAGCUGCCCCGGUCAACUGUAAGUGCUGUUAUUGUGAAGUGGAAACAUCUAGGAGCAACAACGGCUCAGCGGCAAAGUGGUAGGCCACACAAGCUCACAGAACGGGACCACCGAGUGCUGAAGCGCGUAGCACUUCAAAAUCGUCUGUCCUCGGUUGCAACACUCACUACCAAGUUCCAAACUGCCUCUGGAAGCAACGUCAGCACAAUAACUGUUCGUCGGGAGCUUCAUGAAAUGGGUUUCCAUGGCCGAGCAGCCGCACACAAGCCUAAGAGCACCAUGCGUAAUGCCAAGCGUCGGCUGGAGUGAUGUAAAGCUCGCCGACAUUGGACUCUGGAGCAGUGGAAAUGCGUUCUCUGGAGUGAUUAAUCACGUUUCACCAUCUGGCAGUCCGCCGGACAAAUCUGGGUUUCGUGGAUGCCAGGAGAACGUUACCUGCACCAAUGCAUAGUGCCAACUGUAAAGUUUGGUGGAGGAGGAAUAAUGAUCUGGGGCUGUUUUUCAUGGUUUGGGCGAGGCCCCUUAGUUCCAGUGAAGGGAAAUGUUUACGCUACAGCAUACAAUGACAUUCUAGACGAUUCUGUGCUUCCAACUUUGUGGCAACAGUUUGGGGAAGGCCCUUUCUUGUUUCAGCAUGACAAUGCCCCCGUGCUCAAAGCGAGGUCCAUACAGAAAUUGUUUGUUGAUCGGUGUGGAAGGACUUGACUGGCCUGCACAGAGCCCUGACCUCAACCCCAUCGAACUCCUUUGGGAUGAAUUGGAACGCCGGCUGCGAGCCAGGCCUAAUCGCCCAACAUCAGUGCCCAACCUCACUAAUGCUCUUGUGGCUGAAGAAGCAAGUCCCCGCAGUAAUGUUCCAACAUCUAGUGGAAAGCCUUCCCAGAAGAACAGAGGCUGUUAUAGCAGCAAAGGGGGGACCAACUCCAUUUUAAUGUUCGAUGAGCAGGUGUCCACAAACCUUUGGUCAUGUAGUGUAUCUGAAUUCCUCCAUCUUUAUGCACCUUCGUCAUUGGGAUGAUUUUACCAUUUGUGACAGGAAGGAGAUUGCUUGGUAGUAUGUUAAAGCAUAUAUUAUUCAAAUUCAUGAACAGAAAGUGUCUAUACAGCACUCAUUUAUGAUGAAUUAUGGAACAUAUUUAUUAUGAAUUAUGGAACACGUUUACAAUGAGCUGUCGUGGUGUGGUUUAUAAAACUACAAUUAACUAUUUUUGUCACCUUUCUUCAGGGUCACUGCAAUGAUGCACUUGUUUUCCAGAUCCAGCCCUACCCCCUCUUUCGGUAA